AUGGAUCGUCUAAAGCAAAAACGAGGAGUUCUACGUACAGCAGUGACGAAGCUUAUCAAUGAAAUCGACGUGUUACUGGGAGCACCUACUACAACGACGGGUGAGCUUUGCACAAAACUUGAUCUUUUGAAGUUAAAAGAAGAGACUCUGAAGUCUUUAGACAACUCUAUCGAGGCUCUUGUGGUGGACGAAGACUUCGCUGAUGAGAUUCAGACAGUCUUUUCUUACGAAGAAAAAAUAUGUGUAACGAAAUCAAAAAUUUGUCAGAAACUGAAUGCGCAUGAGAGACCACCUGAAGUACAACCGGAGUCCACAACGGGCACGCAACAAACACGGGCAAGAAACCCCACUGAUACCAGGGUGAAACUACCAAAGUUAGAAGUACCGAAGUUCAACGGAGAACUUACGCUUUGGACGACGUUUUGGGAUCAGUUCGAAUCCAGUAUUCAUACAAACGAAACUUUGCACAAAGUUGACAAGUUCAAGUACCUUAAGAGCUACUUGACUGGCAAAGCAGCUACCGCUAUUAGCGGGCUGCCUCUUACCAACGAGAACUACGAUGCUGCGAUAGACAUUUUGAAACAACGUUUCAACCAGAAGCAACUUAUUGUCGACCAACAUCUAGACCGGUUGUUGAAUCUGCCAAAGGUUAACGAUGCACAGAAUUCCGUUCGACUUCGGGAACUAUAUGAUGAGAUCCAAGUAAGGAUACGAAGUCUACGGGCUCUUGAUGUCGACCCGAAAGAUUACGGAGUCAUGCUGAUGACUGUGUUACGGAAGGUCAUACCAAAAGAGGUGACUUUAGACUACAAUCGCAAGUACGCGGGAGGUACCCCCGAAGGCAAAGAAGAAAUUGAGAAUUUUCUAGAUUUUCUCAAAGUCGAAGUGGAAAGUCGAGAGAAGGACAUGUCGUCAAUCGACAAGCGCAUGGAAGGCGGACGCCAUAGCACGGAACGAAGGGACACAAGGCGACCUUUCGAGCGGCAAACGACCGGAGCCUUGGCGACUGGAGUGACAGUUCGACAGUCAGACUGUGUUUUAUGCAAAGCAACUGACCAUACUCUAGAAAACUGCAACGGCAACCUCGCGGUUGAAGACAAGAAAGCUUUACUUUCGCGAGAAGGUCGCUGCUUCAAGUGCGGAAAGCGGUAUCACCGAUCAAGAGGCUGCAGAACCGCUCCUCGUCUAAAAUGCUCACACUGUGGUGGGCAUCAUCUCACGGUACUAUGUGAACAGCCCUUGAAGAGACAAGGCAAUGAAGAACCCAGGAAUUCUCGUUUGGGUGUGUUGUCAUCUACCAUGUCAGAGUCCGAAAUCAACAGAGACAGCGGCACGAUCCUUCUACUGACAGCUCGGGUAUGGGCAGAAACUAACGCAAAGCGACAGUUUGUGAGGAUAAUGCUUGACGGAGGAAGUCAAAGGACAUUUAUUAAGGAGUCCCUUUCACAUCUGCUUGACUGCGAAUCAGUAGGGGAGGAGGUGUUGACGAUAUGCGCCUUCGGUUGUAGACCGUUGAAAAGAAGGUGUCGUCGUGUUAAAGUUUGGCUUCGCAGCCAAUAUUCCCGCAAAGAAGUGUGUGUUGAAGCACUGGAAACACCUGAUAUUUCAGCUAAUGUGCUACACCCACCUGAUUGUAAUCUAACACGAACUCUAGCCGAGAGAGGCAUGCAGGUGGCCGACGUUGUACUUACGGGCAUAACCUGUAAUAGCGAGGUCCAGAUCCUCAUUGGUGCAGAUUCCUACUGGGCAGUAGUGACAGGCGAGACGGAACCAAUCACAGACAAGCUCUUCGCGAUUAAAACGAUAUUCGGCUGGACAGUUCAAGGCCCUACUUCCUCAUCGCCGUCUGACAACUUGGACACCAAUGUAGGUGUGCUUAGAGUAACAGCGGAAAGCUUUGAAGACGAAACUUCUUCCCAGCUGCGAAGAUUUUGGGAACUUGAACACAUUGGGAUUCAGCACAACGAAACCGAAUGCAAAGAAGAUCAUACUAAUGAAGUGAUGGAUCAUUUUACUAAAACAAUUACGAAGAAAGACGGAAGGUAUGAAGUUUCCCUACCUUGGACCACGAAAAAAGACGAGCUACCUUCAAAUCUAGAAGUAGCAAAGACAAGACUCAUAUCGCUAACGAAACGCCUCAUGAGAGAUAGUGGGGUAAUUGAAGAGUACGAUGCUGCUAUUCGCCUCUACGAACAAAACAGACAUGCGGAAAAGAUACCAGCGGACGACAACUCGACUAACACUCAGUACUACCUUCCUCAUCGAGCCGUGAUUCGACGUGAAAGGGACACCACAAAAAUAAGGAUUGUAUUUGAUGCUUCGUCUAGUGUCGCUAGCGAACCUUCUCUCAACGAUGUUCUUCAUGCUGGACCAAAUCUGAUUCCGGAGGUCCUUCACGUUCUGCUCCGCUUUCGCAGGAACACAGUUGCACUGAUCGCUGAUAUUGAGAGAGCCUUCCUACAGAUUUCAUUAGCCGAAGCUGACCGCGAUGCUUUAAGAUUCCUGUGGUACACGACAACACCGAGAGUGGGACAACCAUUACCUGACGUUGAAGUUCUGCGUAUGACACGGGUCCCAUUCGGCGCUACUUCAAGCCCUUUUCUUUUAGCUGGAACUGUGCGACACCAUCUACAAACAUCGUCUGAAAAGUACCCGAAGACUUGCGAACUCCUCUUAGAGAGUUUCUACGUAGAUGACCUGGUAACCAGCGUCGACACAGUUGAAGAAGCACAACAGCUUUGGAUGGAAUCAGUCAUCAUUUUUGAAGAUUGCUGCAUGAGAUUACGAAAAUGGGCAACCAAUGAUGAACAGCUGUGUGCAACUCUGCGGCACUACGAAGACGAAAGGCUGAUCUCACAUCACGAGAGGAAGGUGUUAGGUCUGGUUUGGGACGCGGAAAGUGAUACGUUACGAGUUGCGCUAAAUUCCGUGAUGGACUUUCUGCUGACAGCUAACGUCACCAAGCGUAGCCUGCUUCAAACGGUAGCGCGAAUAUUCGAUCCUCUUGGGAUUCUCGCACCAUUCGUUAUAAAAGCCAAGAUCUUGUUCCAACGUGUCUGGCAAAAGGAACUAAGAUGGGACGAGAGUCUCCCGCACGACAUUCUGGAAGACUGGCAAAAAUGGUGUCAUGAACUCCCAAAAGCCGAUGAAAUAUGGAUUCCAAGGAGCAUUAAAAGUACGGCGCAAGUACUCAGCCAAUCCGUACACGUAUUCUGCGACGCCAGUUUACAGGCAUACGGAGCGGUCGCCUACAUCAGGAGCCAAUAUGCCGACGGAUCAUGCACCGUUCAACUUUUGUUGUCGAAAACCAGAGUUGCUCCUUUGAAAAGCAUCACAUUACCACGUCUGGAACUGCUCGGAGCUCUGCUAGGGACUCGCCUUUGCAACUAUGUCAACCAGAGCUUCAGCGACAUUGUUAAGGCCACACUCUGGACUGAUUCUAUGAUUGUACUUUACUGGGUACAGGGUCAAGCACAACGCUACAAGCCCUUUGUGGCCAACAGAAUCUCUGAAAUACAAAGUCACAGGAAUCUUUCAGAUUGGCGAUACUGUCCUGGAAAAGAAAAUCCAGCAGAUCUUCUUACACGUGGCGUAAACGUUGAAUACUUGAAGGCAAGAAGUGUCUGGUGGGAAGGACCGCCAUGGCUGAAGGAAACAGAAGCGAGCUGGCCGAAGCUGGUUGACGUGCGCGGAAUGCUAGGAGAAAACUUCCGUGACGAAGAAGUCAAGACAACAUACGUCAUGCUCCUGCCAUCUCGUCAAUUGAAGCCAAUUCUAAAUCUGAACGACUAUUGUUCGCUGGAUAAAAUCAUCAGGGUAACGUCAUGGAUGUACAGGUUUAUACAGAAUGCGAGACAGAGAGAGCCUAAAGAAAGGGGCCCCCUCACUACGGAAGAGCUACAGCAGGCCGAAAGGUACUGGAUCAAAGAAGUUCAAGAGGAGGUGUUCUCAGAAGAGUUGCAAGCACUGCAUUGCUCACAACCAGUGAAAUCAAUGUCAAGUCUAAGAGACUUCCACCCAUAUUUGGACCCGAAUGGACUUCUACGGAUAAAGCGAAGAUUACAACGAAGCAACGAAAACGAAGAAGUGAAGCAUCCAUUGAUAUUACCAAAGCAGCACACUUACACGCGACUACUUAUCGAAAAGACGCAUCAACGCUUACUGCAUUCUGGAGUUCGUGACACGCUCGUUGAGCUAAGAGAACAUUAUUGGAUUAUCCAGGGUCGUCAAGCUGUGAAAAGUGCUCUGUACAAGUGCAUGUGGUGCAAGCGGCAACGCGCUCAACCGACGUUCCAAGACGUUGCCCCGCUUCCUCCUGAUAGGAUAAACAGGACUGGACCCUUCGAGGUAACGGGAACAGACUUUGCGGGACCCCUCUUCUACAAGACUGUAGGCAACAACUCAACGAAAUGCUACAUCGCUCUUUUUACGUGUGCUGUAACAAGAGCGGUACACCUAGAAGUUGUCGACGAUCUCACAGCAAACCAAUUCCUCAUGGCAUUUCGCCGGUUCGUAGCCAGAAGGGGAUUAUGUAAGAUUAUUUAUUCCGACAAUGGGCUUGCCUUUAAGCGAGCUUCUAAGGAUUUGAAGAUCCUCUGGAACAAUAUACGUAGCCCUGAGGUACUCGCCUACUUUUCCAAAAAAUGUAUCCACUGGAAAUUUAUUAUCGAGCGAGCAGCAUGGUGGGGAGGGUUUUGGGAGAGGAUGGUGCGAUCAGUGAAGAAUACUCUCCGACGAUCACUAUCAAAAGCUUUACUCCAUCAUGACGAACUGAUCACAAUUCUGACCGAGAUUGAAGCCAUAGUAAAUUCUCGACCGCUCACCACUGUUCAUGAUACACCAGAGGAUUCUUCAGUGCUAACUCCUGCUCAUUUCCUGGUGGGAAAGAGACUGACGACGUUGCCAACUGACAAGGUGACGUCCACAGCGUCAGACUGGAGCUCGCUGAACAAGAGUUACCGACGUCGUGAACAGCUGCUCAACUCCUUCUGGACCCGAUGGAGGAAGGACUAUUUGCUACAACUUCGGUCCCAUCACACAGCGAAACGUGGAAAUGCAGUAACUUUGAAGCCCGGAGAUUUGGUACUGCUCAUGCAAGAUCGCUUACCAAGACAUCUGUGGAAGAUGUGUCGGGUAGACACCAUUAUUCCCAGUGCUGACGGAAAAGUAAGAGCGUGCACAGUCCGACUACCAGACGGAACGUUGUUACGUCGACCUGUGCAACUUCUCUGUCCACUAGAGAUUGUUUAA